AUGAAAGACCAAGAUAUCGUUGGCGAGGCUCUUGCUUCUGUCCUGCCCCAAUAUGAUCGUCCUUGGUUGAGAGUACCACAUCUUUUGCAACUCAACCUCAUUCUCAUAAUUCCGUUGCUAUCGUCAGCGGUGGCUGGAUAUGAUGGAUCCCUCAUGAAUGGCCUCCAAUCGAUUGCCGAAUGGAAGGAGUAUUUCGGCAAUCCAUCGGGCUCAGCACUCGGCGUUGUCAACGCAGCCCAAUCGAUCGGAAGCGUGAUCUCGUUGCCCUUGGUAGGAAUAUUGUCCGAUCGUAUCGGAAGAAGACUGACUCUGUUAUCGGGUGCCAUUGUCAUUGUCAUUGCGUCGAUUAUCCAGGCUGCAUCAGUACAAUAUGGAAUGUUUGUGUUUUCCCGUGUCUUGGUUGGCAUUGGCUCCAUGCUUGUUGUACAGCCCUCUCCGAUGCUUAUUACCGAGCUGGCAUACCCGACUCAUCGUGGUAAGUAUACUAGUGCUUUCUGGACCAUGUAUUAUCUGGGUGCUAUCCUGGCUUCAUGGACAGCGAACGGUACUCAGAAGCACAUGGCUUCUUCAGACUGGAGCUGGAGGACCCCGUCCAUUGUUCAAGCUGGAUUCCCCAUUGUUCAGAUCUUGCUCUGGUGGUUGGUCCCAGAGUCGCCUCGCUGGCUAAUUGCAAAUGGAAAGAGGGCAGAGGCCGAAAAAUUACUCGCUCGUUUUCAUACAGCCGGAGACAUAUCGCACCCUUUGAUUCAAUUCGAGAUGGCCGAGAUCGUCCGCACUAUCGAAAUGGAAAGCCAGGCCGCCGAGACAAAAUGGUCGACUCUAAUCAAGACUCCAGGCAAUCGAAAGCGCGCUUUUAUUGCAGUCUGCGUGGGUGCCUUUGCGCAGUGGAACGGUGUUGCGGUUGUAUCAUGCUAUCUUACACUUGUGCUCGACACAGUUGGAAUCAAAGACUCAGAUACUCAGACCCUUAUCAACGGUCUAUUGCAAAUAUUCAACUUUAUUACAGCGGGGAGUGCCGCCCUUCUUGUCGAUCGACUUGGUCGUCGGACAUUGUUCUUAUGGUCAGCAGUAGGCAUGCUCGUCUCGUUCGUGAUUUGGACUGUAUGCUCUGCUGUAUUUGAUAGUACACAAGACAAUGCGUUGGGCUCGACGGUGAUUGCAUUUGUGUUCAUCUUCUACUUCCACUACGACAUCGCUUAUACUCCGCUUCUCCUGGGGUAUCCGACCGAGAUAUUCCCCUACUCCAUUCGCAGCAAGGGCUUGACUGUGGAACUGCUAAGUGUCUACAGCUCACUCAUUGUGUUGGCAUUUGUGAAUCCGAUCGCACUUGAUAAUAUUGGGUGGCAUUACUACAUCUUCUUUUGUUGUUUUGAUGUUGUCGUGCUGGUUGUAACUUGGGUUGCUUUCCCGGAGACCAAAGGGUACUCUCUUGAAGAGAUUUGCGAGGUCUUUGAUGGUCCCUCGCCUGUGACUAGUGGAGUGCUAUUCGACAAAGCAGGGGACAUUAGCGCAAAACGGGAGCAUAUCGAGCAUGCUGCCUAG